UGAUAUUUUUACACCUAAAGUAUAUUUAUUCUGCCCUGGCGUUCGCUUUCGGUUUUCAAGUUGCUGAAACUCUUACGUUGGAAGACAACUAUGUAUCUACUUAAAUUUAAUUAAUGCCUCAGUACUUAUUAUUUACCAACAAAUAGCCAGAUUUCAAAACGGAACCACACAUUGAUAUGAGAAGGAAAACACAAGAAGCUUCGAAGACAACGAAACUCAUCAAUAGAUCCCAACGUAGGUGCAUAUUCUUUAUCGCAGAGCACGUUCUUUUUCCAAGCAGAUAACCCAUCAAGUGAAUCCCCACAAGUUCCUCAUUUCUUUAUCGUUUAUUGACCGCCAAAUUUGUGCCUAGCCGUUUGUUUCUUUCAAUCAAUUCGAUCGGCAAUUUUACCUUCGGAAAUAUCCUUCACCUCGACACGUAUCAAAAUCCAAACAUUCAACUCAUAAAUUCACUCACUAACAAAUAACCAAAACGCAUCAAGUGUGAUUAUGAGAUACACUCUGGGACCAAAACAACUCACUUUUCAAAAAAUAAAACUACAGGUUAUUACACUUAGAUAGACAGAUAUGUGCGUCUGAAAUGGGAUGACAACAAUCGGCCCUAAAGUGUAAGCUACUUUUUCCCCCUGCGACGUCGGAGGCGCUGGCGUCGCGGGGCGUGGACGUCCCGUUCCAUCAGUUAAGGCUUAAGUUAAACCAAUAGCUGAGUCGUUUUCGUACUGAGUUGCCAUGACGAUGACGCUCGACAGACGCCGAUUGGCGCCUCUGUUGCCAUGGCUAUGCCCUCCCCUGACGACGUCGUAUUUGACUACCUAAAGCUCCGAGUACUUCACAGCGGGCUUGUAGUAUCUAAGUAAACAGGCAGCGAGGAGUAUUUGUUUUUCCAAUCAGUGCUGGUUUGGAAUACCUAAAGUGUUAACUUGUUUGUGGACCGGUCGUGAUGUAAACAAAGAUACAAAAGCCUCGAUGACGAGUUAAGAUCAUAUCGAUUAAUACGUUUGCGUUCUGUGUGUGCCGUAUCUAACUGCGAGUAUAGUCGACAAAAAGUGCACCGUUGCGUAAUCGGAAAAACUACGUCAUCGUGUAAAAAAACCAUCCAAUAUUUUCAUUUUCGAAAAACUUUCCACGUUGGACUUGAAAAACGAUGAAGUGAAUGGACUGAGACUUAUACGAGAAGAUCCAUGAUUAUGCUACCGCAGAAACUCUACUCGACUGAACCGUCGGCAAUGGCAACAUCUUCGAAUCCAAUGUCCCCGAUGGCACCGAGCUAUUCAAUGAACGCCAUGUCUUGCGUUUCUAUGGCGUCCAUGAAUUCGUGUUCUCCGCAAACGGCAACGUUCGGUUCGGGAAUGCUCAACUCAGGAAUGCCCAUGACGACGAUGUCCAUGAAUGGUAAUUGUAUGUCAUCGUCAGGAAUGGGAUACAGUGCAAUAGGAUCUCCCAUGUCGAAUAUGAACGCGUGCAUGGGAGCGGCUAUGCCUACCGUAAAUGGGUAUGGUUCUGUAGGUGGUUUAUCCGCCAGGGCGGACCUCAGCGGAGGAGACACGUCUCCGAAUAGUGCUCUUCAACGUGCACGGGCCGACAAGACAUACAGAAGAAGUUAUACGCACGCGAAACCUCCUUAUUCCUACAUAUCACUUAUCACGAUGGCCAUCCAGAAUAGUCCGUCGAAAAUGCUCACUUUGUCCGAAAUUUACCAGUUCAUCAUGGACUUGUUUCCGUUCUACAGGCAAAAUCAACAACGAUGGCAGAAUUCUAUUCGACAUUCGCUCUCAUUCAACGACUGUUUUGUGAAAGUCCCCAGGACACCAGACAAGCCAGGAAAGGGAUCAUUUUGGAGUCUUCAUCCUGAUUCGGGAAACAUGUUCGAGAACGGUUGCUAUUUGAGAAGACAGAAGCGAUUCAAGGAUGAAAAGAAGGAAAUCCAACGUCAGCAUCAGAAGACGGUUCCGCAUCAUGGUGGAAGCAUGGACAAAAGCAGUUCCGGAAAAACGACUCCUUCACAUCACGGCGACGACGGACAUAACAAGGGUCAUCAUUUAGACAAAACGACCGAUGGGAGUCUCAGUUCGAUGUUGUUGCAUUCGUCCAAACUGGACGUCGAGCAGAUGAAUCUUCUCCAUCAUAACGAUUUGGGCAUGCAUCAGCAACAUCAACAACAAAAUCUUUCGCACGAGGAACUGUCCGCUAUGGUGAGUAGGGUCCAUCCAUUAUCGUUGAGUAGCGAAUCCAUGCUGCACCACGGAUCUAUGAACCAUCUAAAACAGGAACCUACCGGAUAUACGCCUUCUAAUCACCCAUUCUCGAUAAAUAGACUGUUACCUGUUGAAAGUAAGCCCGAACUGAAAAUGUACGGCGAUUCGCAAUAUCCUUACAAUGGGCUGAGUCCGCUUCCGAAUUCGAUGCAUGCUCAUCCAUCGAUAGGUAACGAUUAUUACAAUAAUCCUCUGUAUCACACACCGUCGGGGACGACCAGCUUGUGACAAUAUCCCUUGGCUUAAAUUUUAAGCACUCUCGGAUCACGUAUUAUGCGAACGUUUUGUUAUUACGUAUUUUGAACAUUUACGCGAAGUGAUGAGGAAAACGUAAAAAUUGAAUCUAAAUGGCAGUCUCGUACGUAACAAUAUUUUUUUUCUAUCAUUGUGACUCAAAUUCGAGAAGGAAAUCUCAUUAUUUUAGGUACUGCAUCUAUCUAUCUCUGUAUCUAUAACUCGUAUUUUUUUUGUUGUUCUCGAAUCUGUUUUUAUUUUGGCUGAUUGUGAGUAAUUCUGAUAACAAAAUCUGAGUAACAUCUAAUAAGUGAUAACUGACUUUUAAACAUGAUAGAUCCUUUUUUCUUAUUCUUUACUCUUUAAAAAUUUCUUUUUUUAUACUUGUCUGUAUUUAGAAGACACGCUGUGUAGAUUCAUCAUUAGAUAUAUGUAAAUAUUUGUAUAUAACCAUUUUAAUACCAACUUAUUACCUACACCGAAGUAAUCGUGUUCAAUUUUUCAAACUUAUUACGCAUUUAUUAAUUAUUGUGAUGUUUGUUAGUGACAAGGCUAAUUUUUUUCCAACUGUUAGUUAAAUACCUAUAGUACCCAUCAGCCGAAUGGCAUGAGUACCUAACGAUCUCGGUCUAAUUUCUAAUUUACGUUAAACUUUUUUGUUAUAAGCAUUGUAAAUAGAGAUUUAUAUGUUUUACAAAUUAUAAAUAUCUAUACAUACACACAGAUUCUCGCGCCUCUGUUUUUUGUAAAUAUAAACAAAUGUAUAAAUACUAUGUAACUGUAAAUUUUAAUUUUUUGUCACA